GGGUAAAAUAAGCCUUCAUUUAACCAACUUUGGCGUCUAACACUAUUUCCUUUCCUUCUUUGUCUUACAAUUUGAACUAUGACUAACGACCUUUAAUAUCUUCUUCUUUUCCUCGUUUUUUACUUUAUACAUAUCUUUUUGUGGAGAUUAAGGAAACCGUGUCUUCUGCUUCCAUAUCUCUUUAUGUAGGAUACAAUUUUUGAUUAUUUGUUUGGGUCUUUUCUUUCCUUUGUUUUCUCUUUCACUUCUUGCUGGGCUUCAGAGCUUUGAGCUCUCUCGAGCAUAAAGAGUUCUUCUGUCUUCAGAAGGUAUUUACAUGGAUUCUUGAAGUUCACAAGCAAUAAUUGAUGAUGCUGUUGAUGUUUUCACCCCCAGCCCAGGACAAAAAAAAACUAUGUUAAAAGAAAUCCAAUUUGUCAUAGAACUCCUCAAAUAUGAAUACGAGUAAUCUCUGCUGAUUAAUACAGGAGGGUGGCUUAGUAGUUGAAAUCAAGCAUUUCUCCAGAGGAUAAAUUCCAAGGUUUCAACAUGGGGAGGAAAUUUGAUGAACAGUCUGUUGAAGUUGAAUUUGAGAACCAUCAUCCAGGUUGCAUGGGGGGCUUAUUUAAUGUUCUUGACUACCAUCAUUGGUACAAUGCGAAAAAGAUCCUUCCACAAAGAAAGCUCAACAGAGGAAGACAAGCCAGAUGCUGUGCAAAUCCACAAACUAUUUCCAUGGAACGUGAACCUGUUGAAUCCCAAAGAUUAUUUGAUGGAGAGGCUGAACAAAUCCAAGUUCAACAGCAAACAAGAAAAACUGGAUCAACCAACAAAAGGUCUAGUAAAGCCCCAACAAAGGGUUUAACUAGUAAAGAAAGGGCUAAGGAAGAGAACCAUGAUAAACAAUGGAUUGUGGGGCAUUCAACAGGAUCACAGUUGCAGCAAGCUGACUCUACCCAUCAUUUGGAACCUUCAAGUUUUGGUCUUGGUUGGAUGAAUCCGAUUAUUCUUGUCCGCAAGCGAGGUGAAACCUCUGGUACGAGCUCAGCAAAGAGUAAAAAUCCUGAUGCAGACAAACACUUUGAACAUAUACAGAAUUCUGAGAAGCAUGAUAAAAUUGGAGCUCGAACCUUAGUAAAUCAGAAGCCAAAGUCAAAGAAGCUUAGGAAACAAGUUUCACAUAAUCAGGUUGAGGGUGUGGAUGUUUUGGAGAUAUUUAAGGUAAACAACGAUCUAUUCCUAGAUAUUCUUCAGGAUCCUGAUGUUAGUAUUUCACAGCAUUUUCCUGGAAAGCAAACUCCCAAGGCAGUCAAGUUAACAAAAUCAGGCUCAUUUCCAAUCCCCGGUUCACCUCGUGCCGGAUAUCUUAGGUCUAGUACACUUGAGCAGAAGAAGAAGGAAGUUUGGUCCUUCCAGAAGGGCGAAAAACCCGUCGCCGGUACUCAGUUAUCCAAGUCAAGGGCCAUAAUGAGAACCGGUGAUCAGUCUCAGAACAACGUAAAGGAAGAAGCAAGCUCUUCAUCAUCCCAAGGAUCUGAUUCCCAAAGGUGGAACCAUUUAGUUAUGAAUCGUCUCAAGGAUAUUAAGCAGAGAAUAAAGCAAGCUCUCAAGGAAAGGAGAAAGACUAAUAACCGUACAAAGGUGGAUGGACUCACCCUUCAGGUUUCUUCUAGAGAUACAUUGUCCACAAAUGAGAGAGACAUGUCGGAAAGCUCGGAAAAGGCAGUCAUCGGUAGUUGUAUUGAGAACAAUGCUGCUGAUCAUGAUGUCAGCAAUGAUAGGCUCAAAAGGAUAACAAGAACAAAGUCUAUAAAUGAGUCAUUAGAUAGAUACACUCAAUUGUUUCAGCAAAGUGUAAGUAAAGAAACCAAAUUGCAUCACUCAAGGAGCUUAAAAUUGAGCCAUGAAGACAGAAUUCCUUCAAUAGGGAAUGCUCCCAAGUUUUUCAGAAGGAUUUCCUCUCUAUCUGAACUUGAAUCCUUUUGCUCUCUUCUAUAUGAGGUUUCUUCAGAGCUCCCAAUCAAUAAUAUCCAAGAUCACGAGGCAGACAAGAAAACCGAUCCACAUAAUGAACAAAAAUCAAUUAGUUCCCCUGAAGAUAUUGAUAGAUUUGAACUAGUAGAAGCUGUUAUAGAGACUGAAUUACAGGAAGAAAUGAGAGAAGGAUCAGAUAACCGCUAUUCAACCGGUUUAUCAGUGGAUAAAAAUGGUGAAGAAAUUGCUAAAUCUUGUGAAUUCAAUGAAGAUGCAGUUGAGCAAACAGGAGGUUUAGGUGAAGCGGAGUUUUUUACAAAAGAAAGGCGCAAAAUAAGGCAGGAAAGUGUUGAUUAUAAAACCAUGGGAAACAGCCGUCGGAUCCUAUUCUUUGAACAAGAUACAGAGGCUGAUCCUUGCUACAAUUACGUCAAAGACAUUCUUGAGCUCUCAGGUUUCUCACAAAACAAGGGGCUCCAAACAUGGUUCUCACUGGACCAACCAUUGGACCCUUCAGUGUUCAACGAAUUGGAGAGACUGGGAUCUACCUUUUAUGAAGUCGGAAGCAACUGUGAUCACCAACUGGUUUUUGAUCUAGUUAAUGAGGCACUACUUGAGAUCAAUGGAAUGUCACCUGAAUAUUUCCCCAACCCCUUCUCUUUCAACUCUCGCAUUAGUUUAGUGCCCAAGGGAAACAAUGUUGUUCAACAAGUGUGGAGCAAAGUCAGCAAAAACUUGGCAUCCCAGCCUCAACAUGACCAGUCAUUGGAUGAUAUUAUUGCUCGAGAUUUGGACAAACCCGCCUGGAUGAACCUUCAAGCCGAUUCAGAAUUCGUGGCACUCGAGCUAGAAGAUUUGGUUUUUCAUGAGCUUUUAGAUGAAGUUGUUUGUUUUUUAGACAAUUAGUUUAGGCCAAAUCGACAGCUUCCUUUUUUUUCUUUAAAAAAGAAAUUCUAGAUCUUUCGUAAAAGGUGGCUUCCUCGUGGAAUCCAUGUGCAUGUUGUAAUAAACAAGAUUUCAUAGUUUUAGGCUAUACGGUUCUUUGAAUUGGUCGGACUUGUACAUCAUUUUGUGUUUCGUAUUUUGAUUUUCUAUAUGCAUUUUAGAUAUUGUUUGAAAUUUUAA